UUUCAUUUGAUUCCAGUCUUCCAUAGCUUCAGUCGACGGCGCGAUAUUAGCCGAAGCGCACGGAAUAGUGACCGAUAUGUUGACUGACUCUCAAUUACCGCCUCAUAUCACAAGUGGAUUACGAGCCUUGGCUUCAUUACUAUCUCCUCCCAGUCUAGCGUCCAGUCCCCGCACAAAACCGACCGGAAUUAGUAUAGCUUUGGUUGACUUCAAUAAUUCUGGUUCUGAUUCUGAAGAGAAUCCUUAUAUUGGAGAGAGAACUUCAAAUAUGCCAAAAAGAGGAAAACGCAACCUUCCGCCCAGCCUUCUUAGACGUAUGUCGACCAGCACUUGGACCACAACCACUUCAGCCACUGGAAUGCCUACUCUAGAGCCGGAACCUUCCAGAAAGAGAAGCACCAGUUUUAGAAAUUUAGCUCAAAGCCCAAUCAGUAUUAUUGCACCCUCUCUGCCCAGUCCGAUGUCAAUGCCUUUGAAGGGAAGAUCAUAUUCGACGACAGCCCUACCCAUCGGAACAUUAGCUGCUUUACAACACAGUCGAGAGAAACAUGAAAAACACUUUUUAUAUUCUGUGACUAUUAGUGACAACAGUUAUGCUAACAGAAAACAAAAAUUUGAAGCGGAAGGGGAGGCAGAGGGAGAAGCAGAUAAUGAGACCACUGAAGACGAGGCAAAUGAUAGCAUUUGUUUGAAGAAUUCAGUGAUCAGUUCACAACAGAAGCAGUUUUAUCCGCGCCUUAACCUCACCUCAGACUAUGACAGCAGUAAUGACUCUCCGAGUGGUAGCGAUGCCACACUCGACGAGAGCACUAGUAUUGACACCAAUUCCCGGUUUGUGUCUUCAAAACACAGUGUUUCCAAUGAGAAGGCAAUUGCCCCUAAAGAUGAUGAUAAUUACAGAACAAAUAAAUGCAUUCUUUGCGGUAACCAAACCAAGACUAAUGUAUUGAUAGACAAGUCACCAGUGCUUCAGCAAAACUGGCCUUUUUGUGAGCCCCCGCCUCCUGUAGUCCCCCAACUGGACGCUCACGGCAGGUAUUUAGUGAGUGGAAUGGUAUACGAUUUGCAGGAGUUGGCCACAGAUCCGCUGUUAUCUCGAAUUCAAGAAUGGGAUUAUCCUAUAUUCGACUUAAUGUCCAAAACAGGUGACGCUAUACUCAGCAAAAUGACAUACCAUGUCUUCUUAGAAGCCGGCCUUUUGGAAGCCUUCAAAAUACCGAUUCCUGAGUUUCUCAACUACUUUCGAGCUUUGGAAAGGGGAUUUUUAUAA